AUGACAGGUCACGUCCUGGGGGAGCCGGGCGGCGGGGCUCACAUGGAUGACAACGCCGCCAUCCGCAUCAACGUGGGCGGCUUCAAGAAGCGUCUCCAGUCCGACACACUCUCCCGGUUCCCCGAGACGAGGCUUGCGCGUCUACUCCACUGUCAGUCCAAAGAGUCCAUACUGGAGCUGUGCGACGACUACGACGACACAGAGAAAGAGUUUUACUUCGACAGAAAUCCGGCUCUCUUCCCCUACGUGUUGAAUUUCUACAACACAGGGCGGCUGCAUGUCAUGGCCGAGCUGUGCAUCUUCUCCUUCAGCCAGGAGAUCGAGUACUGGGGCAUCAACGAGUUCUUCAUUGACUCCUGCUGCAGCAGCGCCUACCACUGUAGGAAAAUGGACCAGGACCGAGAGGACUGGGAUGACCGGAGCGAUGAAGGGAGCACCACUUCCUCUUUUGACGAGCUGCUGGAGUUUUACAACGACGCCACCAAGUUUGACAAACAGAUGCUCGGGAGCGCACGGAGGCGCAUCUGGUUAAUGCUGGACAACCCCGGCUACUCCGUGGCGAGCCGCAUCAUCAGCGUCCUCUCCAUCCUGGUGGUGCUUGGCUCCAUAGCUACUAUGUGCAUGAACAGCAUGAGCGAGUUCAGCCUGUUGGACAGUGAGGGGCAACCCACAGAAGACCCCCGUUUCGAGACUGUUGAGCACUUUGGCAUCGGCUGGUUCACUCUGGAGCUGGUCGCCAGGUUCUUAGUGGCGCCAGAUCUUCUGCAUUUCUUCGAGCACCCGUUGAACGUUAUAGACUUGGUGUCCAUACUUCCGUUUUACCUGACACUCCUUAUAAACCUGGUGGUGGAGAGCAGCCCGGCGCUGGCCAACCUGGGACGAGUUGCGCAAGUGCUGAGGUUGAUGAGGAUUUUCCGCAUCCUGAAACUGGCCCGUCACUCCACAGGGCUGCGCUCCCUUGGGGCCACCCUCAGGAACAGCUACAAAGAAGUGGGCCUGCUGCUUCUCUACCUGGCUGUCGGAGUGUCGUUUUUCUCCGUCAUGGCCUACACGGUGGAGAAAGAGGACAGCGAGGAUCUCUCCACCAUUCCGGCGUGCUGGUGGUGGGCCACCGUCAGCAUGACCACGGUUGGGUACGGAGACGUGGUGCCGGUGUCCAUAGCGGGCAAGCUGACCGCCUCGGCGUGUAUCCUGGCCGGGAUCUUAGUAGUUGUGCUUCCGAUUACGCUCAUUUUCAAUAAAUUCUCCCUGUUCUACAAGAGACAGAAACAGCUGGAGAUCGCGAUGAGAAGCUGUGAUUUCGACGAGGGGAUAAAAGAGGUGCCCUCGGUCAACCUGAGGAACUAUUACGCACACAAAGUCAAAUCCCUCAUGGCGAGCUUAUCAAACAUGAGCCGGAGUUCACCCAGUGAACACAGUCUGAACGAAUCAAUACACUGAAGCGGUUUCAUCGAGGACACCCGGUCAGGACGGGUGACACUGUUCGUUCAGUGCGGCUGCACGGGGAGCUGUCCAGGGUGCUGGAACCUCUGGACCACGAGCCCACUUCCUUUCCUGAUAUCUGACCGUUUGCCUCUCUGUAGCUCAGUGCAAUA